GUUAACGUUGACAAGCUAGCACUUUUCGAGGCCCUUGAGAAGAAUUAUACUUCUGAGGAAUUCUUCGAACUUUGUUUCCGUUUCGGUAUCGAACUUGAAGAAGAUGUAAGCAGCAUUCAUUUUCCUGUUGAUUGCAUAGACCAGUUGGGACGGCUCGCCUAGUCUUGCAACAAUCCGUUGAUUCUAUUACUUUCAUGACGAUCAUAUGUGGUGGUCUAACGUCAUCUAAUUUGCAUUAUAGACCUCUGAAAAAGAAAUGGCACAAAAAGAAGGAAGCAAAAACACUGAAGAGUUAUCUGAAAGGGCACUGUUAAAAAUUGAUAUCCCUGCUAACAGAUAUGACUUAUUAUGUCAAGAAGGUCUUGCUCGUGCCCUUCGAGUUUUCGAAGGUAAACAGAAGCCUCCUGUUUAUAAGCUUGCCAAACCUGCUGACGGUAAAUUGCAACAAAUUCGUGUUUUGGAAUCUACUCAACAAAUAAGACCCUAUAUUGUGGGUGCUAUUUUACGUAACAUCACCUUCACGCCCGAGAACUAUGCCUCUUUCAUUGAUCUUCAGGAUAAACUUCACAACAACAUUUGUCGAAAGAGAACACUUGCCUCGAUGGGUACUCAUGAUUUGGAUACCAUCCAGGGCCCUUUUACUUACGAAGCCUUGCCUCAUAAGGAUAUCAAAUUCAUCCCAUUGAAUAAGGACGUUGAAGUUGAUGGUGAUGAAUUGAUGGAACUUUAUGCUGAAGAUAAACAUUUGGGCAAAUUCCUUCACAUCAUCCGUGAUUCGCCUGUGUACCCUGUUGUUUUCGAUUCCAACCGUACAGUUUGUUCACUUCCACCAAUUAUCAACUCUGAUCACUCAAAGAUCACACUCGAUACUAAGAAUGUCUUCAUCGAAUGUACCGCCACAGAUGAACAUAAGGCCAGCACUGCCCUCAAUACUUUAGUCACCAUGUUUUCUGAAUACUGUGCCGAACCCUUCACAAUUGAACCUGUUGAAAUCGUAUAUCCUGAUAACACUACCAAGAUCUUCCCCAACCUUGAACCUCGUGAAGCUACUGCUAAGGUUGAUUACAUUAACUCUUGUACGGGUCUUGAUCUCCCUGGUGAAGAAAUCUGCCGUCUUCUCAACCGUAUGUCUUUGGACGCUACUAUUAGCGCUAAGGAUAGCAAUGAAGUUGUAGUCAAAGUUCCUCCUACUCGUUGGGAUAUAUUACAUGCUUGUGAUAUUAUGGAAGAUGUUGCGAUUUCUUAUGGUUACGACAAUUUACCCAAGAAAAUGCCUAGUGUCACUACCUUUGGUACUGCUUUGCCUUUGAACAAGCUUAGUGAUCAAGUCCGUAGAGAAUUAGCUAUGGCUGGUUUCACUGAAGUUGCCCCUUUGAUUUUGUGUUCUCAUGAUGAAAAUUUCCAAUUCCUCAACCGUGCUGAUGAUAGUAAAACAGCUAUUAAGCUUGCUAAUCCCAAGACUGCUGAGUAUCAAGUAGUACGUACUUCGCUCUUACCUGGUAUUCUCAAAACAUUGAACUCCAAUAAGAAAUUACCAAUGCCUCUCAAGGUAUUUGAAGUUUCUGACGUUGGUUUCAAAGAUGAAAGCCGGGACCGUAGAGCUAGAAACGAAAGACAUCUUUGUGCAACUUAUACCUCAAAGACCUCUGGUUUUGAAAUUAUUCAUGGUCUUUUGGACCGUAUUAUGGCUAUGCUUAGCACUCCUAGAAUCCACAAAGAUGACAAGACAAAGUUGGGUUAUUGGAUUGAAGAAGCUGCUAAUUCUACCUUCUUCCCUGGUCGUUCAGCCCAUGUCUUCUUAAGAUACAUUUGUCCUGAGACCAAGCUCCGUAAGUGCAUUCAAAUUGGUGCCCUCGGUGUACUUCAUCCUCUUGUUCUUCAAAACUUCGAUUUAGCUAACCCUACCACUGCUCUCGAAAUCAACUUGGAGCCUUUUGUUUAAUCUAACUGGCCCAUACUCCUUCUUUUUUCCUGUUUUUAAUUCUUCUAUUUCCUUUUUGUUCCUUUGUAUUAGAGAAUAAUGUAUCCCAGUAAAGUAUGGCAUCGAUAUUAUAGCCUAUGUACUUCAU